AUGGCCAACCUUGUUGUCCAAGCUACGGAUCAGCUGCUCGAGCUGGUGGAGAUUGUUUGCGACUUCGAAGUCGCGCUAAUGAAUGCCCUCCAGACUCAGUUCCCAAUCGCUAUUGUAUUGGAGUGUUUGUUCCACAUGAAACAGGCACUCCGUCGUGUAAUGAAACGCUACGCAAUAACUGAUGAGGAGUGUCUAAUUGCGAUGACACGCGGCGUGUUAGACACGCUGACUGUAAUUGACCAUGAACAAGUAGAAAGAGGCAUCAAGUGGGUGAAGCGAGAGAUCAAGAAGCGCUGUAUUUUAGCUAAAACUGAGUACACUACAGCAAAAUGGGAAGAAUUUUGGGGCUAUUUCGAGCGGACGUGGCUCGAUCAGUACACGAUUGACGUGUGGAACGUGUUUGGUCUCGACAACGAGCUCGUUGCGAGGACCAACAACCCGCUCGAACGUUUCAAUAGAGAGCUAAACAGUAGGUUUCCUACUCCGCACCCUUCGAUGGCCACAUUUGUAACCGUCAUCAAGACGAUAGCAGCCGAGUACGUUUGCCGAAUUGGCGACAUGCCCCGCGCCCUUGACCGCAGAGUUCCUCGCGAGAGGAUCAAACUCAUAGUGCCCGUCACUAUUCCUACCGACAUCGACAGCGACGUGGACGAAGCUACGGCGGUUGCUCUGCGCGCCUCCGACUCUACUCCAGUCUCCACUUAG